AUGGCGUCGUACUACCGCGCCCUCGCCUUUGCCCUCGCCGGCGCUCGGCGGUACGGUCGCGACGGGUACGAAGCCGCGGACCUCGAGCCCCUUCGCGAGGUCCAAAACCUCGUCGGCACCGCGUUCGUCGUCACCGGGGGCUCUCGAGGGAUCGGGUUCGCGGUGAGCGAAGGAUUGAUUCGUCGCGGUGCCCGCGUGCACGUCGUCUGUCGAGACGAAGCGACCGGGGCGUCCGCGCGAGAACGGCUCAACGCGCUCGGGACGCGCACGGGGGGGUCGUGCGAGGUGCACGUGAGCGAUCUGAGCUCGCUCGCGCAGACGCGAGGGUUGGUUGAAAAGUUGGCGUCGCGAGGGGAGGCGCUGCACGGAUUGGUGUGUAACGCGGGGGUGAUGCGACGAGAGCGAACGACGUCGAGCGAGGGGUACGAGUAUAAUUUUGCGGUGAACACGCUCGGGACGCACGUGUUGAUCGCGGGGUUGAGACCGGUGUUGGGACGGACGGCGGCGGAGGCGACGACGAAGGGCGGGUACGCGCCGAGGGUGGUCGUGGUGUCGUCGGGGGGGAUGUUGACGGAACCGUUGGACAUAUCGGAUUUAGAGUAUCGGAAACAUAAAACCUUUGACGCAGUGCGGCAGUACGCGAGAGGGAAGAGGCAUCAGGUGGCGAUGACAGAGCGAUGGGCGCGCGUGGAGGGUGAAAAGUCGGGACGCGGGUACGUCGGCUUUUACUCCAUGCAUCCGGGAUGGUGCGAGACAGACGGCGUCGCGACGUCUCUGC